AUGGUGCUUCGAGUCAAUCAUGAACCAUUUCACAGAUGCGGGUGUCCUAUCCACCCAGUAGGUGUCCACAUUCCACGUGACCUUGCACAGUUCAAGCGUAACAUUUUGAUUCUAUCUUAUCUUGGUGAUUUCAAAGGAAGGAUCAUUCACGCUUCGUAUGAUGGCAACGGUCUGAUUCUGCAAUACUCACGACUGUGGAACCUUUUAGAUUCGAGCACCCCAAGGUUCCCGGUGGAGUUGUUUGUUCGAUACAGACUGAGUCGGCCCACAUGGCCAUUGUCCCUCCACGACUAA